AUGUCGACCGAAGGAACUCCCAAGGGCUGGACUGAGCACGAAGUGCUUGUCUACCUCUUCACCGUCAUAGAGGCCAACAACGUAACAUUCGACUUCAACAUCGCUCCUGUUCCUGCGGGCCGCAACGUCAACGGUUGCAAGCAGAAGAUCUGGAAGACCAAGAACGCUCUCAAGCCCGAGAUGGAUGCCAUCAAGGCCGGAGUUGCUCUUGCUGGUCCCGCCGAAGGCACCCCUACCAAGAAGGCCGCUACCCCUCGUAAGCGCAAGGUCAAGGCCGAUGAGGACGGUGACGACGCCGAGGUCACUCCCAAGAAGGGACGCGGACGACCUAAGAAGAAGGUCCCUGUUCCUGAGGCUGAGGAAGAAAUGGAGGAUGAGGGCGUCAAGGACGAGGUCAAGGAUGAGGAUGACGACGACAUCCUCAAGGAGGCUGAUGACAUCUGA